AUGAAUCAGAGGCGAUUUAUCGAAAGGGAGGAACGGCGAACGGUCGGCAUCAAGCAAUGGAGCCUGUCAAUUAGGUUCUUGGUAGCGGUGCGCGUGCGACCACAUCGAGCAGAUGAAGGUCCCCGCAUUGUGCACGUGGUCAGCGAUAAGAUGUUGGUGUUAGAGGAAGAGGCGGACAGUCGACGAGACGUGCUACGUCAGCGGAGGUUAAACGACAAACAUUACGUAUACGACAAAGUGUUUGGCGAAAAUAGCACACAAGAAGAAGUCUACGAUGCAGUGUGUGCCCCUCUGGUUGGUGAUACCUUGAAAGGGUUUGCGGGUGCUGUGUUUGCAUACGGAGCAACUGGUGCUGGAAAAACAUACACUAUGACCGGCCUUAUGUCCCGAGCUCUCAGCCAUCUCUUCGCCGGUAUAGCGGCCAGUGAACAACCUGACUCUUUUGAGGUUAAAAUGUCCUACUUAGAGAUAUAUAAUGAGAAUAUUCGUGAUUUGCUGAAUCCUGGCCCGCCUUUGGAGUUAAGAGACGAAGGAGGUAGUGGAGCGCCGGUGGUUGCAGGACUUAGCGAGUUGAGGGCAAACAGUGCAGCUCAUGUUGCUGAAUUGCUGGCAAGAGGCGAUAGAGCGCGCACUGCGGAGCCCACACACGCAAACCAACAUUCUUCCAGAGGUCACGCUCUACUUAGUGUGACAGUGAGUCAACAAGUAGAAGACGUCACACAGCGUGGGAGGCUGUUUCUCAUCGAUCUUGCGGGUUCGGAGCGCGCUGGGCUACGCGCGCGCCGUCUCGAGGGCGCACAUAUUAAUAGAUCACUACUCGCGCUUGGCAACUGUAUUAUGGCUCUUUCUGGUGGCGCUAGAUACGUAAACUACCGUGAUUCGAAGUUGACGCGUUUAUUGCGAGAAGUACUCGGAGGUCGGUGUCGCACUGCCAUGGUAGCACACGUGUCUGCUGGUGGCGUCCACAGAGACACCACGCGUUCUACCCUGCACUAUGCACAAAGAGCUGCAUCUAUUACGAACAGGGUGGAACGAGAAUUAGUGUCGACUCCAAUGCACCUUUCACAGUACAGGACAGUUAUUGGCGAGCUUCGUGAGGAAAUCUCUCGACUUAAAGUUAAAAUGAAAGACGAUCGGACAAGUAAACCAGACGAGUUUCAAAUUCAAAAUCAAAGAGUUACCAAAGAAGACAGUACAGAAAAAGUAAACAAAGAAGACAACGCGGAAAAUGCAGCGCAUCUGAAGUCUUUGCGAGAAGCGAUUGUAUCAACUUUCAAACAACAAAUGCGAUUGCGACGGCGUCUCAUGGAACUGGACAGUCACUUGCUCGGCUUGUCUCUCGACGCUGAACGACAACAUGCCGCUAUAUCGCAUUGGGAAGCACGUUUUAAUCGCCUUUACAAGCCAAUCAAUCUUCCUGGAUCUCGACUAAGCACACAACAAAGUUACAGGGGUGGUACAGGGCUGUCGUCGAGUAGUAGCGAGCGUGCCGAAGCCGAGGUAGCGGUGGAGCAGGCGUGGGCCGAGCUCGCCGGUGUUGAGCGCGAGCAGGAGGCCGCGCGCGCCGAGCGGGAGCGCGUCGAGCGACAACUCGAGCAGGUGCGCCUCCGCGGCGCUCAGCUUGAGCAGGAGUUACCAGCAACAAUCAGUAGUGGUCCGGAGCGAGAAGUCCUGGCUCUAGUGUGUCGCGUGCAUGAGCUGGAAGCAGAUAAAUUGGCGCUGCAGGGGGAACGAGCGGCUCGCGCUCACGAACUGCGGCGUCGAGACCUCGCGCUGCAGAGGAGAGACGCGCAGAGGAGAUUAUCUGAUGAAAUUAUUACGAGGCAGCGGAGAGCUCUACAAGAGAUCGGCGUGGGCGUACCACCAGAGCUUGCUCAACUGUAUGAGUUAUACCAACAAGAGAUACACGCGUCCACUUACACAGAAAGUAACGACAUAUACACUCCACCCUAUCGUUUACCGCCAAUAUCCACUAGUCUAUCGGAGUUAACGUGGUCGGAGAGUUCAAGCGGUUCGGGCCGUGGCUCUAGCUCAGGCUCAGGAGGCACAUUGCUGGACUACCGUCUGCCACCUCUUGCGCCCACGCCUCGGCCUCGCACCAGAUACAGCCAAGGUAGUGCAACCACCCUGAAACGAUAUGCGAGCGAUGAAAGCUUGGUAACAGCGGCACACCGGAGGGACCCGGCAGCUCCUUGA